ACCGGCUCUGAGGGGAGCACAUGUGCCCUGCAGCUCUGUCUCGUCCCCCUGCACCUCUCCUCCCCCUGGCCCUCUCUGUCACUUCUCCAUCUCCCCGUCUGUCCCUCAGUCUCCAUCCUGAGUCCUUCUCUCCAUCUCCGCUCCGCUCCGCCUCUUCCUGUCCACCUCUCACUCUCCACAACUGUCUGUCUGUCUGCUUUCUGGGUGUCUUCGUCCUCCUCCCCGGGGACCCCCCCACCCUGCUUCCUGCUGCAGCCGGAAGGAAGGGAAGGAGGGCCGGAGCCCAGCCCGCUGUGCUGGGAAAGGCCACCGGGUCACUUCUCCCUUUUGCGGUCCCCCUUCCCUGCCCCCACCCCCAGGCUCUCUGCAGCCUGCACCCUCGGUGGCCAGUGGGGGGGCUGGGGACUCCACAGCCCUUGCUCAUCUCUCCACUGGCCCCCAAACCGGCCAGUGAGUCAGCCCGGGAGGGAGGCUCGGUGGCGGGUGGGGCUUUCCCCACGGGUCCCCAGUGCCCUGCCUUUAGCCAAGCUCAGCAGUCCCCUAGCCAGACCCUGAGAGCGCAGUCAUCGCAGCCAUGACCCUGAGCCUCCUGCUGGCCCUGGCCCUCUGGGCAGGGGGCUCGUCCUGCGGGGGAAGGGCAGUGUCUUCAAGCCAGCCUCGGGUGAAGUGCCGUGCCUCUAGGUACCCGGUGGCCGUGGACUGCUCCUGGACCCUGCCACCAGCUCCCAACUACAUCACAGCCACAACCUUCAUUGCCACAUACAGGCUCGGUGUGGCCGCCCAGGGGCAGAGCCGGCCCUGCCUCCAGCCGACCCCCGAGGCCACCGGCUGCACCAUCCCCGACGUCCAGCUGUUCUCCCUGUCGCCCUACGUGCUCAACGUCACGGCCGUGCACCCCGGGGGCGCCAGCAGCGGCUUCGCGCCCUUCGUGGCGGAGCACGUCACCUGCACCUGUUUCCCCUCCUCCAGACGUCGUGAGCUCCAGGGCCCAGCAGCGGCCAGUGUGGGUCUCCACUGCGUCCUCUGUCUGGCACGAUGUCAAACCGGACCCCCCGGAGGCCGUGCGCCUGAGCCCCCUCCCUGGGCGGCAGCUGCAGGUGCACUGGGAGCCCCCUCGGUCCUGGCCCUUCCCCGAGGUCUUCUCUCUGAAGUACUGGAUCCGAUACAGGCGUCAGGGAGCCUCCCGCUUCCGCCAGGUGGGGCCCAUCGAAGCCACUAGCUUCACCCUCAGAGCUGUGCGGCCCCAGGCCAGGUACUGCAUCCAGGUGGCAGCCCAGGACGUCACGGACUACGGGGAGCUGAGCGACUGGAGUCUCCCUGCUGCCCCCCCCCCCAUGACCCUGGGCAUGUAGCAGCCUCCUGGGGCUCCACAGGGACUGGGUCCUUGGACACCUCCUCCCUGCCACUGUCCAGAGGGUGGAUGGGAUCCCCCUGGCCUGAGCACACCUCUGGCUCCACUGCAGCCCGAAGAGGGUGACCUUGACGAGUAACUGCCUGCCUGAGCCUCCAUUUCCCACAAAGAAACAGGGACAUGCCCUCUCCCCACCACAGCACGGGGCUCUGUGAACUGUGAACCUCACAUAUUUUUAUUAGAUAAUUUAAUUAGAAGAAUUGUUAACAGAA